UUAUGAUUAAAACAGAGUUUUGAAUUAAUAGUGUGAAAUUUUGUCAUGUAUUUGGAUUUACUUGAGUAAACAACGUAUCUAGAACAAUUUGUGUGAAUAAACGAGAUUAUUUACUUUUAGAUACUGAAAGUACAGUAGGAUAAUUCUUCUCUCCAGUGUAUUCAAUAUGAAUAAAAAACUUGAAAAUGAGAUUCGGUGCUAUGCCAACAUUUCUGCAGAAGCUUAUAAUACAGAGAAAGUAGUCACGGAUACAGCCACAGAUCAGUUGGAGGUCGAAGCUACAGUAUUAAAAAUAUUUAGACAAUUUGAAAAGGAAGCAUCCAUUGAUCCUGAUCUGCCAAUACUUAAUAGACGGGUUCACAGUAAGCAAUUAAAAACUUGGUUGAAUGCACUACCCAAAGGUUAUGAAUGCUUGGAUGCCAGCAGACCAUGGCUCGUGUACUGGAUUUUACAUGCUUUGUGGAUCUUAGAUGAUAUGCCCGACCAAGAGACAUUGUCUAGUGCUGUGGACUUUCUCGCUCAUUGUCAACACGAGGAAGGGGGCUAUGGCGGUGGCCCAGGACAAUAUCCACAUUUAGGAACUACUUAUGCUGCUGUAAACGCAUUAGCUAUAAUAGGGACAGAUGAAGCAUACGAUUCCAUAGAUCGCAGCUCUUUACAAAAGUUUUUAUGGACUCUUCGAGAUGUAGAUGGCUCCUUUGCUCUUCACAAAGGAGGGGAACAAGACAUCAGGGGAGCGUAUUGUGCAGUGAGCGUAGCUAAAAUGACAAAUACUUACACAGAUCUCUUAUUCGACAAGACAGCAGAGUGGAUAGUUAGUUGCCAAACUUAUGAGGGAGGUUUUGGCGGGUGUCCAGGGAUGGAGGCACAUGGCGGAUAUGCUUUCUGUGGGAUCGCAUCUCUGGCGUUACUAAACCGGCCAAAGCUAUGUGACAUAGAUGCACUCUUGAGGUGGUGUGUAAAUCGUCAGAUGCGGUUAGAGGGUGGCUUUCAGGGACGGACUAAUAAACUUGUUGAUGGUUGUUAUUCAUUUUGGCAAGGUGCUGCUUUCCCCAUAAUCAGUGCUAUCUUAGCACAAGAAGACAAAGAACUGAUAGAAACGUGUUUAUUCAAUCAAGGUGCCUUACAAGAAUACAUCGUUGUUUGCUGUCAAGCCAACGACGGGGGCCUAAUAGACAAGCCUGGAAAAGCGCGCGACAUCUACCACACAUGCUACACGCUAUCAGGGCUGUCGAUCGCGCAGCACGGCACGGGCGCCGGCGACCCGUUCGUGGUGGGCUCCCCGCGCAACGAGCUCAACCGCGUGCACCCCCUGCACAACGUGGCGCCGCACCUCGUCUACAACGCCGUGCACUACUUCAUUAGGCACCCGCCGCCGGUCAAGGAUUUCAGGAAAAACUAGCUCGUUUUAGAUCUUCAACUGUUUAGCACUGAUGACGCACUGCUUUGCACGAUUGCGUGUGAUGCGUGCUUCAUAACAAAUAGUAAAAAUGAAUAAAAAAUAAUAUGAUGCUAGUAGCUUUUAUAUCUUAAAGAAUUAAACUAGUAACAGUUCGGUUUCUGCUCAAAAAUGCAGCUACUACUAGAAAAAAAUAACUGGUCCUUCGAACCGGAUAUUAUAUACCUAAAGGUACAGAUUUAUUUAUCAACUGGUUCCUGGGGCUGACAUUUGUUUUUAGGUAAAGCUAAAAAUGUAUCUUUUCAUAUAUUUCCCUACGGGCAUUGAACUUUACAAAGUUAUGGAUGUAAUUGUAUUAGGCAGAUAUGGUCCUUCGAACCGUAUUUUAUAAAAGAAAUCAAGGUACCUUCCAGAAAUCGGAAAUAUGUUAUAAAACUCUUCUUCUCUUUUUGACAUUUCAUUUUUGUACCAUAUAUAUGAAUAAAUAUAACCUUAAAUGAUAUAAAAAAAAAUCCAAUGGAGCGUUCUAACAUAUAUAUUACCUCUUACGAACUAUGACGGAUUGAUGGUCUAGAGUAUUUUUCCCACAUUUGGGUAUACUAAGUACAAAUUUUCUCUUCAGACAGCCUUGUAUGAUUCUAUUUAUCUAUGGAUUCUAUAGAUAUAUGAUGUAAAUAUAUGUAGCGAUAAAUUACGCAGUCAACUUUAUUGCUUCAAUAUAUUAAUUUGUGUAUCGUCAAUAUUAUACUUAAGUAUAUAGACGAUAGCGUACCUUAAGUGAAGGGGCUGUCCAUAAAUUACGUCAUAGAUUUUGACGAUUUUUGAACCCCCCUCCCCCAACCCCAAAAUCAUCCAAAAAUCAUGCUUCGAAUGACCCCGUUUCCUCCUACGUGAUGCUACCAUCAAUCAUCAUCCAAUGUCCAGACUCCCCCCCCUAAUUUGAAAUGACGUAAUUUAUGAACAGCCCCUAAGCCAUUUGACUGGCAUACGUUAAAAUGUGUUUAUGAGGUCAGUUAUACACGGUGGUUUAAAAAUAACUGCAUUUCCGUUGCCAGGAAGGUUUUGGGAUUAUACUGAACAACGUUUACUAUGUUAACCAAACCCGAAAUCGCGAAACAAAUUUUUACCCUCCCUUAGAAAUAGGACCAGACAAAAUGUAUGAAACAGCCAAAUUUUUUUUUGCGAUUUGUGGGUUGGUACCACAGUAAAAGUUGCUCAGUAUAAUCAAACAACCUCCCUGGCAACGGGAAUGCACUAUGCAGUUAUUUUUUAGCUACCCUGUAAAUGUAAUAGGUAAUCUUGAUGUGGGGACCCUAUUAAGCUUAUUGCAUUCAAGUUAGUAGAUAAUGUUCAUAAUUAUUCACCAGUCCAACUUUAUAUAGAUAUAAUGGCGUGGUGUGAUAUACGUUGUUUUAAGCCUUUAAGUACAUAUUAUACACGGUGUAACAUGAGGAAACCGAAUAACUUUAGCCACGCAUUUCUGAGGUCAAAAGAUGGAAAAAAUUAAUAUGAAUUUAGGCCAAUUUCGCCAAAAAAAUUUUUUGUUUUGUUUUUUCAAUUUUUUUAAUGUAUUUGUACAUAAAAAAUAAAUGUUAUUGGUAAACUUGUCACUUAAAAUUGAUUUUUAAUUUUUUUUUUCGAAAAAACCUACUUUUUGCAAAGUGUUACUUGUCACUUUUUGACAUCUAUCAAUAAGGAUAUUUAGACUACGUCCCAUAGCAGCAACAUCACCCUUAAAAAGGCCUUUUACACUAUGUAGCAAUAAAAGCUUGAUUUUUUUAAAAUUAAUAUUAUCUUUGAAACUAGGUGAGUUUCAAAAAAAGUUUAUAGGGCAUUUUUGACUCUUAAUAUAGAUAGAUAGAUAGAUAGAUAAAACGUUUAUUUGUAUGCUGCAAAAACACACAAUUUACAAAUAGGUACAUUACAAACAGAACAAAACUAAAAAUAUCUACAGAGUUUAAUUAACAAUAAAAAAUACUUAAACACGGAAAGAUGGGUUUACUUGCUGUACUCUGUGUGCAUUGCAGCAAAAACAAAAGGGUUCCGACUCAGCUAGGUAUACGCUUCGCUCUUUUGAGCAAAGCACUGAUAUUCUGCCGGAACCCAGAUCACGUUACACUUGGGUAAAUGUGAUGAUAAAAAGUGUGUAGUUAAAUGGUGUUAAAAUGUUCCGAAAUAAAAAUACAUAAAUAAAACAAAAAUAAGAAUAUUAAGUGGCCAUAAAAUAAAAUAAAAGUGAGUGAGUGCAUAGGGUUUGGUUCUAGUUCUCCUGGAAAUCCUCCGAAUUACCGAUUAGAUCCUGAAAUCCGCAACCAAAAAGCCAUAUGGUAUACCUGUUUUUUGUUUUUCAAGCAGUAUCCUUUUAAACUGGUGUUUAAAAGUUAGCUUAUUUUUGAGCUGUCUUACAGGUGGAGGGAUAUCAUUCCAGCAUUUGGUCGCGAGAUAUCGGAAACAACCGGUAAAUGCAAUUGUUCUAUGAGGGUACAUUUCUAAGAGACAACGCCGAGUUGACCUAGUGCCAUGACGAUUGUGAAAUGUUGAAAAAUUAAUUUUGGAGAAGAGAUAUUCCGGAGUUUUAUUGUUUAAGACGCCAAAGAGGAGACAUGCAAGAUGUAGAUGUCGCCGAGAAGACAUAUUCAGCAUGGACGAUUUGUUCAAAUACGGUGUAAUGUGGCUUCUAGGGGGUAUUGAGUAACAAAAUCUGUAACACGCAUUUUGUACUCUUUGUAUUAAGCGACGAGUUUUAUGUUGCAGGCGUGGUCCAUAAACUAUAUCACCAUAAUUCAAUUUUGAAAGAAUCAGCGAUUCACAUAAAGUAAUGCGGACUUUCUCACUCAAAAGAUUUCGGAUCUGGUAUAAAACCUUGAGGCGAAAGAAACAUGACCUAACCAAUUCACCUACGUGUUUCUCAAACCUCAACUGACUAUCAAGUACUACACCUAAGUUUCUAGCCUCUUCUACACGAUCGAUAAUAUGAUCAGGAAUACACUGUUAAAAUUAUUCGGUUUCCUCAUGUUAUACCGUGUAUGUCGCAACAUCAUCAUCAAGACGUUGUGUUGAGAAAUUUAACAUUGGUACCAUUGGUAUCGCCCUUGGUAUCACCCACACUGUUAACUGUACAUCGGCGGACCUUAUGCCUUUUGUAAUAAGGUCCACAGAUGUACAGGUAGGAGGGUUGCUGUUUGUACUUAAAUUCGGCUUCUGAUAAAUAAUAUUACAAUGAUAUUGAAACUGGAUAUUGCAAUGGUACUGUACAGACAUCACAUUAUAAACUCUUUAAGCACCUAUGAUGGGGUUGUACCUGUAAACAACCUACUAUUUAGUUACCUACUAUUCAAAAACUCGAAGGAACAAAAACUUGCUGAAAAGUAUUUAAAAAGAAGAGGCGGAACAAAAUCGUCUUUAUAAUCAAGGUGGACGGAUGCGGUAAGGUUGAAAGAUCCAUGGUUAUUAGGGUUCCGUACCCAAAGGGUAAAACGGGACCCUAUUACUAAGACUUCGCUGUCCGUCCGUCCGUCAGUCUGUCACCAGGCUGUAUCUCACGAACCGUGAUAGCUAGACAGUUGAAAUUUUCACAGAUGAUGUAUUUCUGUUGCCGCUAUAACAACAAAUACUAAAAACAGAAUAAAAUAAAGAUUUAAAUGGGGCUCCCAUACAACAAACGUGAUUUUUGACCAAAGUUAAGCAAUGUCGGGAGUGGUCAGUACUUGGAUGGGUGACCGUUUUUUUUUUUUUUUGCAUUAUGGUACGGAACCCUUCGUGCGCGAGUCCGACUCGCACUUGCCCGGUUUUACAUAUACGUGUUGUACGUAAUAACUAGAGAGCAGAGAGUCUGCAUGUUUGUUAAAUAAUAAUUCCUGUUUCAACUUAUUUUUACUGUAGUAGCAUAAAUUCUCCAGUAACUGGCUAACCCAAACCAAAAAUGAAUUCUAUUCACCUAUAAAUAGAAUUCAUUUUAGUAUAAGAUGGCCAGUUAUUGAAGUUAUUAAAAUAAAUUCUGUUUAUAGGUGACUAGAAUUCAUUUUUAGUUUAGGGCGGUCAGUUACUAAAACCCGGCGAAUUACCCUAUAUGUGACAGACAACCUAGGCCCAUCCCAUAGAAAAAUAGUAAAAAUAUGUGGAAUGUAUUUUUAUAACGUGUGUAGACAAAAUGUAUAGAGCAACAGUUUAAUUUGUAAUAAAAACAAUAAACAUCUUCACAACUGUUA